AAAACACAUAAGUUAAACACGACGUCGUUUUUGUUCAAGUCAGAAGUAGGGCCCACUCAGUCCACACAUUCUUUCUCUCUGUUCUAUCCAAACAAAGACAAAAGCCAAAAAAACGAAACAAAGAAAAAAAAAGGAAAGAAAAUCCCUUCCACAUUCUGUCUUUCAGCUUCUACUAUGGUUUUCAAAGCUCACGCGUAAAAAAGGAAAAGAAAAUUCAAAACCUCGAUAUUAUCGAAACCUCUCCGGAGAUUCUCUCCGGCGAUGUCUACACCACCAUCUCCGUCACCGACUUCGCCGCCUUCCUCUUCCAACACUACUUCUCCUCCUGCUGCGCUGCCGCCAUCUACUAACACUUCCUCCUCAGUUUCGCCUCCUCCUCCAGCGGCUGCACCUCCAAAUGGUACGUCACCAGUUGCGCAGGAGUCUCCACCGAGCGGGGGCUUGCCGCGUGGAACGUUAGCGGGGCUUAUAGUAGGGGUGGGGUUGGGGGCAAUAAUUGUGCUGAUUGGAGUGGGCAUUUUCGUAAUUUUUUAUAGGAGGAGGAAGAGGAAGCUUGCCCAGAAUUAUUCUGGGGGUCCUCCUCCUCAAGGGCCUAAAGUUGACCCUCAGCAUUGGCAGCAUAAUGCUCCUCAAGUUGCUGGUCUGCCAAAGCCUACACCUCCACCAGGAAUUGCACCACAUCUUCACCAGCCACUGGUGAGUGAAUAUGCUUCUGCUGAACCUCCUUCAACAAGUACUAGUUUGGGCUUUGAGAAACCGUCACAUCCAUUAGCUUCCCCAGGAAUGGGCAUAGGACAUUCCCUGGGAACAUUUACUUAUGAAGACUUGGCAUUGGCAACGGAUAAUUUUUCUGAUCCCAACCUCAUUGGUCAAGGAGGUUUUGGUUAUGUCCACAAGGGAGUACUAAAAAACGGGAAAGUAGUUGCAGUUAAGCAGUUAAAAGCUGGAAGUGGACAGGGUGAGCGUGAAUUUCAAGCAGAGGUUGACAUCAUUAGCCGUGUGCAUCACAGACAUCUUGUUUCACUAGUUGGAUACUGCAUCACUGGAGACAAGAGAUUGCUUGUUUAUGAGUUUGUUCCAAAUAACACAUUAGAGUUUCAUUUACAUGGAAAAGACAGGCCGGUUAUGAACUGGUCAACCAGAUUGAAAAUUGCUCUGGGUGCAGCUAAAGGAUUGGCGUAUCUGCAUGAAGACUGUCAGCCCAAGAUCAUACAUCGUGAUAUCAAGGCAGCUAACAUUCUUCUUGAUAAUGGCUUUGAGGCAAAGGUUGCAGAUUUUGGACUUGCAAAGUAUUCUUUAGAUACUGAUACUCAUGUCUCCACUCGAGUAAUGGGAACUUUUGGUUACAUGGCUCCAGAGUAUGCCUCCAGUGGGAAGCUCACUGAGAAGUCAGACGUUUUCUCCUUUGGGAUUGUGCUUCUGGAGUUGAUUACUGGACGCCGCCCUGUUGAUAAAGCUCAGCCUUUCUUUGAUGACAGCAUAGUUGAUUGGGCAAGGCCUUUGCUCUCACAGGCUUUGGAACAAGGAAAUUUUGAUGCAUUUGUGGAUCCAAGGUUGCAGAAGGACUAUGACUCCAGUGAACUGACUCAAAUGGUUGCUUGUGCUGCAGCCUGUGUGCGUCAUUCAGCAAGGCAUCGCCCACGGAUGAGCCAGAUAGCUCGAACUCUGGAAGGAAAUAUGUCUCUGGAUGAUCUAAAUGAGGGAAUCACACCUGGGCACAGCACAGUGUUCAGUUCUUAUGGAAGUUCUGAUUACAGCGCAACUCAAUAUAAGGAAGACAUAAAGAAGUUCCGGAAGAUGGCACUUGAAAGCCAAGAGCUUGGUAGUAGUGAAUACAGUGGGCACACCAGUGACUAUGGUCUCAACCCAUCUAGCUCCAGCACUGAAGGCCAACAUACUACCCAAGAGAUGGAUACGUCGAAAGUGGAGAAAGAAAGCAAAGACGUUAGUGGAAGCUCGUGACAAUCUAUUGCAAAUUGUUUGGAAAGAGUCUAUUCUUUUACCAUCAAGCUUUUUCAUUGUUGCCUUGUUUGCCAAUUUGGGGGAAAGGAAAUAUGAGAUCCCUGGGCCGAAUAGAUGAGAUUUGUUUGAGAUGCAUUCCUCCCCUGCCCAGGUCUUUGGUUUUCAUCUGCUAUCGGAAAAGUCAGUUAAAGUAGAAUGGUAGCCAUAAUGAAGUCAGGAUUUGGGUUUUGAGGAUUGGGUGGAUUUUGUGAAUUCCACCGGAAGAUGCAUCGAUUUCAAGUAGUGUGUGAUUAUUAUUCAGAGUUGGCUGAACCUCUAUUGCCUGUAUAGUUGUUGUAGUAAUACCAAUACUAGUUCACGGCAAGAAGUUAACUGUUGUAUCAAUUUCUGUAGCUGAGCUUCAAUGAAUUGCAACAUUGUUUCAUUA